AUCCCCGUGGCCUUGAAACAGUCCAUUGACCUGCGUACAUCCAUGGACGGGAAGUACAAGGAGAUUGCCGAAGAGCUCUUCUCCCGCAGCCUGGCAGAGAGUGAGAUGCGCAGCGCCCCCUAUGAAUUUCCAGAGGAUAGCCCCAUCGAGCAGCUGGAGGAGAGACGUCAUCGUCUUGAGCGUCAGAUCAGCCAGGAUGUAAAGUUUGAGCCUGACAUCCUCCUGAGGGCCAAGCAGGAGUUCAUGAAGACUGACAGUGCCUCUGAUCUCGAAUAUAUGAAGGAGCAGAGCCAAGUGCAUGAGCUGAAGGAGCGAGAGCUGGUCCCAGAGAAGGAGUACCAGAGAGUCUCGAUCUCUGGGGAGGAGAAAUGUGGGGUUCCCUUCACAGAUCUGUUGGACGCUGCCAAAUGUGUGGUGAAGGCUCUGUUCAUCAGACAGAAGUACAUGGGUCUGUCCCUGCAGAGCUUCUGCAGGACCACGGCUCGUUGCCUGCAGGAGCUCAGUGAGAGAUCUCUGGACCUGAACAUUUACGAGGAGGAGCUCACAUUCACACCAGACACAUCUUCCAUCUUUACAGACACCACAGUAGAUCCACCUGUGUCUGAAAACCACCCAUAUGAGAACCAGGACCCUUCCAGCAUGCCCCCGGACAUGGGAUACGGCUGCAAGAUGGUGGAUGGUGUCAUGCAUGUGUACACAACAAGGAGCAUUAUGGAAAAGAGCACGGAGAUGGACCUGCCAUAUCCAGACCUGCAGGAGUACAUCGCUGAUAUGAACGUGAUGAUGGCCCUCAUCAUCAACGGCCCAAUAAAAUCCUUCUGCUACCGCCGCCUGCAGUAUCUUAGCUCCAAGUUCCAGAUGCACAUCCUGCUGAACGAGAUGAAAGAGCUUGCCGAGCAGAAGAAAGUUCCACAUCGAGACUUUUACAAUAUCCGUAAGGUUGACACACAUAUACACGCCUCGUCCUGCAUGAACCAGAAGCACCUGCUUCGCUUUAUCAAGAGGGCCAUGAAGAAGUAUCCGAAGGAUAUUGUUCACGUGGAACGAGGGAAGGGUCAGACGCUCAUGGAGGUGUUUGAGAACAUGAACCUGACAGCGUUUGACCUGAGUGUGGACACCCUGGACAUGCAUGCAGACCGUAACACUUUCCAUCGAUUUGACAAGUUCAAUGCCAAGUACAAUCCCAUCGGCGAGUCCAUCCUGAGGGAGAUCUUCAUCAAAACAGACAACUACAUCGAGGGCAAAUACUUUGGUCACAUGAUUAAGGAGGUGAUGGCUGACCUGGAGGAGAGCAAGUACCAGAACGUGGAGCUCAGGCUGUCGAUCUACGGCCGCUGCAGAGAUGAGUGGGACAAACUGGCCAAGUGGUCCGUCAAUCAUCAGGUCUACUCCACCAACGUGCGCUGGCUUGUACAGGUGCCACGACUGUUUGACGUCUACCACACAAAGAGACAACUGUGUAACUUCCAAGAGAUGCUGGAGAACAUCUUCAUGCCUCUGUUUGAGGUCACAGUCGACCCUGGCAGCCACCCAGAGCUGCACCUCUUCCUUCAACAUGUGGUGGGUUUCGACAGCGUGGACGAUGAGUCCAAACCAGAGCAACAUAUCUUCAACCUGGACAGUCCGCUGCCAGUCGACUGGACAGAGGAGGACAACCCGCCCUAUUCCUACUACCUCUACUAUAUGUAUACAAACAUGACAGUGCUGAACCACCUGCGCAGGGAACGGGGGUUCCACACGUUUGUCCUACGUCCUCACUGUGGCGAGGCCGGGCCCGUCCAUCACCUGGUGUCUGGGUUCAUGCUGUCAGAGAACAUCUCCCACGGGCUGCUGCUCAGGAAGGCUCCUGUGCUGCAGUACUUGUACUACUUGGCUCAGAUAGGCAUCGCCAUGUCCCCUCUCAGCAAUAACAGCCUGUUCCUCAGCUACCAUCGCAACCCUCUGCCCGAGUACCUGUCCAGAGGCCUCAUGGUCUCCCUGUCCACAGACGACCCUCUGCAGUUUCACUUCACCAAGGAGCCCUUGAUGGAGGAGUACAGUAUUGCUACUCAGGUGUGGAAGCUGAGCUCUUGUGACAUGUGUGAACUGGCCAGAAACAGCGUUCUGAUGAGCGGAUUUUCUCAUAAGGUGAAGAGCUACUGGCUUGGCCCCCACUACAUCAUGGAGGGACAGGGGAGUAACGACAUCACACGCACCAACGUUCCCGACAUCCGCGUGCAGUACCGCUACGAGACCCUGUGUGAGGAGUUGAAUUUAAUCACUCAGGCCAUCCGCACAGACGAGCUGGAGACCAUCGAGGAGGAGGGCAGCCUGUGCAUGGGCGCCAUGCGUGCAUAGAAACAAACGUGCGACACAACACAAACACAUUUCUCGCUACAUUCCCUGUUUCCACAUCAGGACUUUGCACAGAUUUCCAU